AUGGAUUCUCAGGCGAGCAAUUUGUACGAAACAGCGUCGCAGCCGGACACAGGGAACGACGCCUACACAUUCCUCGAAUUCAACACUCAAGGCGAGGAUUUCGAUUACCCGGAGUUUCCAGAGCUAUCACAGCCGAUUCGAUCCACAGUAUGGCCUACCCCUUCCGAUUCUAUCGUCCCAUCGUCUUCCGUUGAAGCGGGAACAUCGGCUGCUGUCCCUGAACGAGGGGCGUCGUCCUCUGAUGCGUCUCCGUCCCACAAAUCCCGCGGCGGAAGUGGUGGGAACAAUGGCGGUGUCAGUAAUAAUGGUGGCUCUGGUGGUAGUAGUCAGGCGGCUGCUGUGGAUGCAUUGGCGGCAGGGAUGAGUGGCUUGAAUUUUGAGGAGACCGGGGAUGAUGAGGGUUUUGAAUACGGAAAAGGGGAUUUUUCUGUGGAGCAUGCUUGUAAGUAUUGUGGUGUCACCAACCCAGCUUGUGUUGUGCGCUGCAAUGUGCCUUCGUGUAGGAAAUGGUUCUGUAAUUCAAGGGGCAAUACUUCUGGCUCGCAUAUUGUGAAUCAUCUGGUGCGAGCUAAGCACAAGGAAGUAUGCCUUCAUAAGGACAGUCCACUUGGCGAAACAAUAUUGGAAUGUUAUAAUUGUGGUUGCCGAAAUGUAUUUCUUCUUGGAUUUAUAUCUGCCAAGACAGAAAGUGUAGUUGUACUCCUCUGCAGGGAACCCUGUCUGAGCGUUAAUGCUCUGAAGGAUAUGAACUGGGACCUUAGCCAAUGGUGCCCUCUUAUUGAUGAUAGGUGUUUUUUGCAAUGGCUUGUUAAGGUUCCUUCAGAACAGGAGCAGUUGAGGGCACGCCAGAUAAGUGCACAACAAAUAAACAAGGUAGAAGAGCUAUGGAAAACUAAUCCUGAUGCCACCUUGGAAGAUCUUGAGAAGCCCGGUGUGGAUGAUGAACCCCAGCCUGUGGCUGUGAAGUAUGAAGAUGCAUAUCAGUAUCAAAAUGUCUUUGCCCCAUUGAUCAAGCUUGAGGCUGAUUAUGACAAGAUGAUGAAAGAGUCUCAGAGCAAAGAUAGUCUUUCUAUUCGGUGGGAUAUUGGCCUCAAUAAGAAGCGGAUUGCUUACUUUGUCUUUCCGAAGGAAGAUAAUGAAUUGCGCCUUGUGCCCGGCGAUGAGUUGAGACUUCGUUAUUCGGGAGAUGCAGCGCAUCCAGCUUGGCAGUCAGUGGGACAUGUGAUAAAGUUGACUGCACAGGAGGAGGUUGCUCUUGAGCUUCGUGCUAGUCAGGGAGUCCCUGUGGAUGUAAACCAUGGCUUCAGUGUUGAUUUUGUUUGGAAGAGCACAAGUUUUGAUAGGAUGCAGGGAGCAAUGAAAACAUUUGCUGUGGAUGAAACUAGUGUUAGUGGGUAUAUCUAUCAUCACUUGUUAGGCCAUGAAGUUGAGAUGCAGUUGGUACGUAAUACAUUACCCCGUAGGUUUGGAGCACCAGGUCUUCCUGAACUAAAUGCAUCUCAGGUUUUUGCUGUUAAAAGUGUUCUACAAAAGCCAAUAAGUCUCAUUCAAGGGCCACCUGGAACAGGGAAAACUGUUACCUCAGCUGCCAUUGUGUAUCAUAUGGCCAAACAAGGUCAAGGACAGGUUUUAGUAUGUGCUCCAAGUAAUGUUGCUGUAGACCAACUGGCUGAAAAGAUAAGUGCAACUGGAUUAAAGGUUGUCAGGCUCUGUGCUAAGUCGAGGGAAGCCGUUAGUUCGCCUGUUGAACAUUUAACUCUUCACUAUCAGGUUCGGCAUCUUGAUACCUCAGAAAAGAGUGAAUUGCACAAGUUACAGCAACUAAAAGACGAACAAGGAGAGCUGUCCAGCAGUGAUGAAAAGAAGUACAAGGCUUUAAAGAGGGCAACAGAGAGGGAGAUUUCUCAGAGUGCUGAUGUCAUUUGUUGUACUUGUGUUGGUGCGGGAGAUCCUCGACUAGCUAAUUUUAGAUUCCGUCAGGUGCUAAUUGAUGAGUCCACUCAAGCAACUGAGCCCGAGUGUCUUAUCCCUCUGGUUCUUGGUGUGAAGCAGGUGGUUCUCGUGGGCGACCACUGCCAGCUUGGUCCUGUUAUUAUGUGCAAGAAAGCUGCUCGGGCGGGUUUAGCUCAAUCUCUCUUUGAGCGUCUUGUUCUACUUGGUGUGAAACCAAUAAGAUUGCAGGUUCAAUAUCGUAUGCAUCCGGCCCUUUCAGAAUUCCCAUCUAAUAGCUUUUACGAAGGCACCCUUCAAAAUGGAGUGACCAUCAAUGAGAGGCAAUCAUCUGGCAUUGAUUUUCCUUGGCCUGUGCCAAAUCGACCCAUGUUCUUUUAUGUUCAGAUGGGACAAGAGGAGAUCAGUGCUAGCGGUACAUCAUUUUUAAAUAGGACUGAAGCUGCUAAUGUCGAAAAAAUUGUGACUACAUUCCUGAAAAGUGGUGUUGUACCCGCUCAGAUCGGGGUUAUAACACCUUAUGAGGGUCAGCGUGCAUAUAUAGUCAACUAUAUGUCAAGGAACGGUUCUUUAAGGCAGCAACUAUAUAAAGAGAUUGAGGUUGCAAGUGUGGAUUCAUUCCAAGGAAGGGAGAAAGAUUAUAUUAUAUUAUCUUGUGUGAGAAGCAACGAGCAUCAAGGUAUUGGAUUCCUUAACGACCCACGAAGGCUUAAUGUUGCUCUUACUCGUGCCCGCUAUGGCAUUGUUAUCUUGGGAAAUCCGAAAGUACUUAGUAAACAACCUCUCUGGAAUAGCUUGUUGACACAUUACAAGGAGAAUGAGUGCCUGGUGGAAGGGCCACUCAACAACUUGAAGCAAAGUAUGGUUCAGUUUCAAAAGCCUAAAAAGAUUUAUAAUGACCGUAGACUUUACUUUGGUGGUGGACCGGGAAUCAUCCCUAAUGAUGGUUUUGGAUCCACUGGCACAGCAAGUACGAACGAUAGGAGGGGAGGUCGUUUAAGGGGUUCUUAUAUGCCUCCUGGCCCUCCGAACGGUACACAUAAAGCAGGAUUGCACCCUGCCGGUUAUCCCAUGCCUCGGGUUCCCCUCCCGCCUUAUCAUGGUGCACCACCUUCUCAACCAUAUGCAAUUCCCAGUCGCGGUACUGUGCAUGGACCUGUUGGAACUCCUCAUGUUCCACAACCUGGAAGCAGAGGAUUUGGGGCUGGGCGUGGGAGCCCUGGCACCCCUAUUGGCAGCCAUCUUUCUCACCAGCAAGGUUCUCAGCAGCCUAUUGGAAGUCUUGGGUCUAGUUUCAAUUUUCCACCAUUGGAAAAUCCAAACAGCCAACCAUCUGUGGGUGGACCUUUAUCUCAACCUGGCUAUGUGUCUAAUAUGACAGUCCAGGGGCCAAGCCCAACAUAUAGGGAUGGCUUCUCUAUGGGUGGCAUGUCUCAGGAUUUCUUGGGAGAUGACUUCAAAAGUCAAGGAUCACAUGUUCCAUAUACUGUUACUGAUUUCUCCACACAGGCUUCUCAAGGUGGAUAUCCUGUUGAUUACGUUACGCAAGGUGCACAAGGAGGAUUCCCUGGUAGCUUCUUGAACCAGAAUUCUCAGGCGGGGUACUCCCGCUUUAGUACAGGAACUGAUUUCAUGUCUCAGGACUACAUGGCACAUGGUUCUCAAGGUCUUUUCACUCAAGCUGCAUUUAAUGAUCCAUCGCAGGAUGAUCCUUCCCAAAAUCACUUUGGUGUUACCAAUAGCAAUCCGCUUCAAUCUCAGAAUAUGAUCAAUCCACUUUACUCCCAGCCCUUUGCACAUUACAAUUCGCAGCCUCACAUGCAGACUGCUCAGCAGCAACAGCCGCAGGCUCAGCAGGGUCAAAGCUCUCAAAGCCAGAAACACCACUAUAAUGGUUAA